AUGUUUAAGCCAUCGGACCAAAACAAGGCGGGGGGCGACUACGAUCAGGGCUGUGGGUACGCGCAGCAGAACGAGGCGUGUGGGACGCCAAGGAGGCCCAACCUGUCCUACGCUGAGCUGAUCACAAUGGCGAUCGAGAGCAGCGCGGAGCAGAUGCUGACGCUGAAGGACAUCUACAACUGGAUAUCGUGCAACUACCCAUAUUACGAGGCAAAGAAGGACGGCUGGCAGAACUCGAUCCGCCACAACCUGAGCCUGAACCGCUGCUUCUACAGGGUGCCCAGGAAGGAGGGAUCCCGUGGGAAGGGCAGCUACUGGAAAAUAAACUACGAGUACCAGAACGUGAAGGUGAACUAUCGCACCAGGAAGUACACGUACGUCCCACCGCAGCAGUCGAUCCACUCCCUGACGCAGAUACUGAACGACAACACGCUUCUGAGCGAGUCGAUUGGGAUGAGCGAGAUACCACCGAAGAAGGGGACGAUAUUCAGCGGAAACCUGCGCGACGAGGACUACGAGGCUGGGCAGCCCGACGCGUACGACUACGACGACCACAGCAAGUUGGACAGGAUAUUUUCAUUUAAGUAA